AUGGGCGCCGUCGUGCGGAGCCUCCUGGUCUUCGGCUUGUGCGCGCUGGCGAGAGCAUCUCCACUGUUGCUUUAUGCAAAUCGGCGUGAUCUUCAGCUGGUGGAUGCUGCGGACGUGACCGAGAAUGCUACGAUUGUGGUGGGUGGCUUGGAAGAUGCUGCUGCGCUGGACUUUGUCUUCAUCCACGGCUUGAUAUACUGGAGCGACGUCAGCGAAGAAGCCAUUAAACGUACAGAAUUCAACCAAUCCGGAAAUGUGCAAAACAUUGUCAUUUCUGGGCUCUUGUCACCUGAUGGGCUAGCUUGUGAUUGGCUGGGUGAAAAACUGUACUGGACAGAUUCUGAAACAAACCGGAUCGAAGUUUCCAAUUUGGAUGGAUCUUUGCGAAAGGUUUUAUUCUGGCAAGAGCUGGAUCAACCCAGAGCGAUUGCAUUAGAUCCUGCAAGAGGGUUCAUGUACUGGACGGACUGGGGAGAAAUGCCAAAGAUAGAACGGGCUGGGAUGGAUGGUUCAAGCCGUUCAGUUAUCAUCAAUGCAGAUAUUUAUUGGCCAAACGGAUUAACCUUGGAUUAUGAAGAACAGAAGCUGUACUGGGCAGAUGCCAAACUGAACUUCAUUCACAGAUCAAACCUGGAUGGGACACAUAGGCAAGCUGUGAUUAAAGGAUCCUUGCCACAUCCAUUUGCUCUGACGUUAUUUGGUGACACCCUAUAUUGGACGGAUUGGACGACUCGCUCCAUCCUGGCCUGCAACAAAUACACUGGACAGAACCUGCGUGAAAUACAUUCCAACAUCUUUUCUCCCAUGGAUAUCCACGUCUUCAGCCAACAGAGGCAGCCCAGUGCUACGAACCCCUGCAGGAAUAAUAACGGUGGCUGUUCCCAUCUGUGUUUGAUGUCUCCCAUCAAGCCCUUUUAUCGGUGUGCCUGUCCCACAGGUGUGAAACUCCUUGAGAAUAAGAAGACUUGCAAAGAUGGAGCCAUGGAGUUGCUACUGCUGGCCCGAAGGACGGAUUUGAGGCGGAUCUCCUUGGACACUCCAGAUUUCACGGAUAUUGUGCUGCAGUUGGAAGACAUUCGUCACGCCAUUGCCAUUGACUAUGACCCUGUGGAAGGGUACAUUUAUUGGACAGAUGAUGAAGUGAGAGCCAUCAGACGUUCGUUCCUCGAUGGGUCGGCUAGCCAGUUUGUUGUACAGGCACAAAUUGCACACCCGGAUGGCAUUGCUGUGGAUUGGGUGGCCCGAAAUCUUUACUGGACGGAUACGGGGACAGACCGCAUCGAAAUCACAAGGCUUAAUGGGACUAUGAGGAAGAUCUUGAUCUCAGAAAACCUAGAAGAGCCGAGAGCUAUAGUUUUGGAUCCUAUGAUUGGCUACAUGUACUGGACCGACUGGGGAGAGAUUCCAAAGAUUGAGAGGGCUGCCUUAGAUGGAUCUGACCGAGUUGUACUGGUAAAUACCUCACUUGGUUGGCCUAAUGGAUUGGCACUGGAUUACAUUGAAAACAUGAUAUACUGGGGAGAUGCCAAAACAGACAAAAUUGAGGUCAUGAAAACGGAUGGAACCAGCAGAAGAGUCCUUGUGGAAGACAAGCUGCCCCACAUCUUUGGUUUCACUCUGCUGGGGGAGUAUAUUUAUUGGACAGACUGGCAAAGAAGAAGUAUUGAGCGGGUUCAUAAGCGGACAGCAGAAAGGGAGAUCCUAAUUGACCAGCUACCUGAUCUCAUGGGCCUCAAGGCUACCAACGUCCACAAGACCCUGGGUACAAAUCCUUGUGCAGAAUCCAACGGGGGCUGCAGCCACCUCUGCUUGUAUAGGCCCCAAGGAUUGCGCUGCGCCUGCCCCAUCGGCCUGGAGCUCCUGAGUGACAUGAAGACCUGCAUUGUCCCAGAAGCCUUCCUGCUAUUUUCCCGUAGAGCCGAUAUCAGGCGAAUCUCUCUCGAGACAAACAACAAUAAUGUUGCUAUUCCACUAACAGGAGUCAAGGAAGCCUCUGCCCUGGAUUUUGAUGUCACUGACAAUCGCAUAUAUUGGACAGACAUCUCGUUGAAGACCAUCAGUAGAGCGUUCAUGAACGGAAGUGCUCUGGAACACGUGGUUGAGUUUGGAUUGGAUUAUCCAGAAGGCAUGGCUGUGGAUUGGUUAGGGAAGAAUCUUUACUGGGCAGAUACGGGAACAAAUCGUAUCGAAGUGUCAAAAUUGGACGGACAACAUCGGCAAGUUCUAGUCUGGAAGGAUCUUGACAGCCCCCGGGCUCUGGCUCUCGAUCCUGCUGAAGGGUUUAUGUACUGGACCGAAUGGGGUGGGAAACCCAAGAUUGACCGAGCAGCCAUGGAUGGUAGUGAACGCAGCACUUUAGUGCCAGACGUGGGCCGAGCAAAUGGUCUGACAAUCGAUUACGUCAAAAGAAGAUUAUAUUGGACUGACUUGGAUACCAAUUUGAUUGAAUCUUCAAAUAUGCUGGGCCUUGACCGUGAUGUUAUAGCCGAUGAUUUACCGCAUCCCUUUGGCCUGACUCAAUACCAAGAUUACAUCUACUGGACAGACUGGAGCCGACGUAGCAUCGAACGAGCCAACAAGACCAGCGGACAGAAUCGGACCAUCAUCCAAAACCACCUGGAUUAUGUGAUGGACAUUCUCGUCUUCCAUUCAUCCCGGCAAGCUGGCUGGAAUGAAUGCGCUUCCAGCAAUGGGCACUGCUCCCACCUCUGCCUGGCCGUGCCCGUAGGUGGCUUUGUCUGUGGAUGUCCUGCUCAUUACUCCUUGAACCCCGACAACAGAACAUGCAGUGCCCCUACAAGUUUCUUGCUCUUCAGUCAAAAGAAUGCAAUCAAUCGUAUGGUGAUUGAUGGGUUGAAGAGUCCAGAGAUCAUCCUUCCGAUACACAGCCUCAGAAAUGUUCGGGCAAUCGACUAUGAUCCACUGGAGAAGCAGCUUUACUGGAUUGACUCUCGCCAAAACAUUAUCAGGAGGUCACAAGAGGAUGGCAGUCAGAGUUCUACCAUUGUGAUGAGUCCUGUCCCCAACCAAAAUCCAGAUAUCCAGCCAUAUGAUCUGAGUAUUGAUAUUUAUAGCCGUUACAUUUACUGGACUUGUGAAGCCACAAACGUUAUCAACGUCACACGCCUGGAUGGACGGUUGAUGGGCGUGGUGUUGAAAAACGAACAGGAUCGGCCCAGAGCUAUUGUUGUGAAUCCAGAGAAGGGGUACAUGUAUUUCACCAAUCUCCAAGAAAGAUCUCCCCCUAAGAUUGAGAGGGCAGCGUUAGACGGAACUGAACGGGAGGUCCUCUUUUCCAGCGGUCUGAGUAAACCCGUUGCCUUGGCCGUUGAUAGCAACUUGGGGAAGUUAUUCUGGGCAGAUUCUGACCUGCGGAGAAUCGAGAGCAGCGAUCUUUCUGGUGCAAAUCGGAUAGUACUAGAAGAUUCCAACAUACUGCAGCCUAUAGGCCUGACCGUAUUUGAAAAAUGGCUUUACUGGAUUGAUCGUCAUCAACAGAUGAUUGAGAAAAUUGACAUGACUCGCCAAGAGGGACGUACAAAGGUUCAGGCUCGAAUUGCUCAGCUGAGCGACAUCCAUGCCGUAAAAGAACUCAACAUGCAGGAAUACCGACAGCACCCCUGUUCCCAAGAUAAUGGUGGCUGUUCUCAUAUCUGCAUUAUAAAAAGUGAUGGAACUACACGUUGCUCCUGUCCCAUGCAUCUAGUCCUGCUUGAAGAUGAACUUUCCUGCGGAGAGCCUCCAACUUGCUCCCCGCAGCAGUUCACCUGUUACACAGGAGAGAUUGACUGCAUCCCUGUGGCCUGGCGUUGUGAUGGGUUCACGGAGUGUGAAGAUGCCAGUGAUGAGAAGAACUGCCCCUUGUGCUCCGACUCUCAGUUCCAGUGUGAGAGCGGGCAGUGUAUUGAUGCCGCCCUGCUGUGCAACGGAGAACCAAAUUGUCAGGAUAACUCCGACGAAAAGAAAUGUGAAGCGCCUUGUUUAACUGACCAGUUCCGGUGUGCGAGUGGUCAGUGCAUUGGGAAAAACAAGAAAUGCGAUCACAACCUAGAUUGUAAUGACAAUUCAGAUGAACAGGGCUGCUACACAACCGAAGAACCAGCCCCACCAGCCACCAAUACAAUCGGCUCCAUCAUAGGUGUGAUCCUUACGGUUUUUGUCGUUGGUGCUAUGUACUUCGUUUGUCAGAGAGUGCUGUGCCCACGCAUGAAAGGAGAUGGAGAAACAAUGACCAAUGACUACGUUGUCCACGGACCGUCUUCUGUGCCUCUGGGUUAUGUGCCUCACCCAAGCUCCCUUUCCGGAUCUCUUCCAGGAAUGUCCCGCGGUAAAUCUGUGAUCAGUUCACUUAGCAUCAUGGCAGGAAGCAGCGGCCCACCGUAUGACCGAGCUCACGUCACUGGGGCGUCUUCCAGCAGCUCCUCCAGCAUCAAAGGAACCUACUUCCCUCCAAUUUUGAACCCUCCUCCAUCACCAGCAACAGAGGAUUCCCGCUACACAAUGGAAUUUGGUUAUUCGUCCAACAGUCCUUCGACGCACAGAUCGUACAGUUACAGGCCGUACAGCUACCGCCAUUUUGCCCCUCCCACAACCCCGUGCAGCACCGACGUCUGUGACAGCGACUACGCGCCCAGCCGUCGAGUGAUGGUCAUGGGGGGCAAAGGCUAUGCCAGCGACCUCAACUACGAUUCGGAGCCCACGCCACCACCACCAACCCCACGCAGCCAGUACUUGUCCGCCGAGGAGAACUAUGAGAGCUGCCCGCCCUCCCCAUACACAGAGCGGAGCUACACGCACCACCUCUACCCGCCGCCACCUUCUCCUUGUACCGAUUCCUCGUGAGGGAAGCCCCCUCCCCCUUCAACCGCAUCCAGCUCAGCUGUGUAAAUAGUGUCACUUGCCCUUGUUGAGGACAUGGGGGGAAGAGUCUCUAUGUACAGUUAAAAUAUUUGACCUGGGGAGGUUGCCUUUUGUAGAAUGGGGAGAGGGAGGGAACAAAGAGGUUAUUUAUAUAUUUUUCCUAAAACAGAAAUUGCUGCUUUGUGACAUAAGAAAAAAAAUUUUUUAAAGAAGUUUGUAUACAAAGUUUUUUUUAAUUAUUAUUUUUCCAAAUGGAACCCAAGAAGAUGCCUUAAAUCCGUGAAGGGACUGAGCACGUAAGGAAACGGAAGGACCCAGAGACGAUGAUGUUCGAUGAGCCAAAUAUCAAAAAAAAGAAAGACAAAGAAGAAGGAAGUGGUUUUUU